CUGAUAUGCCCUCAUUUUUCUGUUUUCCAAAACAGAGAGUUUACGAAGACAUUCCCUCAACAUGUGAUUUAAGCUCCAUCUGUUAGCUCUUUCAAAACAAAGUUGGAAAAACUGAAACUGAGCGAUAUGCAUUACAGGCGCGUUAAUUGUAUUAAGCGCUACCAAGAGCAAUGAGUAUUUUGUCGAAGGCUGUCUCCAUACCUUUGUAUUGCUACACAGGGCUCAUUUCAAUCAAUUUUUAUGCUAGCAAGCAUUAUAUGCCAGGACAUCCCAAAUAACCAAAAGUCAUAUUUCAAGAAAAAUACCCAUUUAUUUGUUUCAGGCCCCCUUAAUUUCCAAGUUUGUAAGAAUCACCCUAAAUGAUAUGAUUGUUGGCCGAAAACAUGUUUUUGGUAUUCAUCUAACUCCGCCAUUUCAUCACUUCUGCACAAAUUCGGUAUCAAGCCUUAAUGAACAGGAGCCCAUAAAGGAAAGCCCUCAUACAAAUAUCCGUAAAAAUUACAAAGGCAAGCUAUAUAAACAAGCCGAUUUAGCGACAAGUAUAGAAUAUUUUAAUUCUGAUGUAUUUAGAAAUACCUAUAAAGGAAAACCUGUAUGGUUUUACUACAGACGUAACUAUAAGGGACACUUCCCUUCGAGUAUAACAAGAAAGAAUUGUGUUGUAUGUUUAAAUACUUGCUUUACUUUUUAUAUGUUCCUUCAUCUUCCUUCUUGUCGACGAGCACUUAUUUACUGGAUUUCAUGAUGAUAUCUCUAAACUCUGUUAUAGCAGGAUAUUUCUAGCAUUUUGGAAAAUUCGUUAGCUCAAAUCCAUGCCCCAUUUGUCGUGAUGAAUAUUUAGUAUUAAGUCAUCGACACAUUGAACUGUUAAAGCAGUUUAUCAAUCCGGAUACUUUAGAAAUCUUUCCAUUGUCUAAAACUGGUAUAUGCAGACAUCAGUAUAAGAUUUUACAACAUGAAGUUGAAAAAGCUCGUGAUUUAGGUUUAAUUCAAACAUGGUUGCCUUUCUACCUAUAUAAUUACCAUGAUUAUUAUGAUUAUUUACCAAAGGAUCAAUUAAAUGAAUUACUUAAAAUCAAUAACAGCCAACUUACACAUCAAGAUGCUGUUAUAUCGUCAAAUGAUAUUGCCUCCUUACCGUUGGAUAUACAAGAAAUAUUAAAAGCGAAUCAAUCUAUACCACAUACAGAGGAAUUCACCAUUCAAUUACCAGAGAUUAAUAUUGAUCGACCAAAGGUCACCAAGCGUUAUCAAAUGGAAGAAGAUUAUAAAGCGCUGUUGAUUCGUCGAAAACGAUCACGUUCAUUUAUUUUAAAUUGAAACAAAAAAAUCAAUAAUGAUGAUAACAUAUUUCAAACUCAGGGAAUAACUGUAAAGCUUGAAAUAUGUGUAUAUAGAAUAAAUGAAUUAAUAAAAAUGAAAGAUAGUACUUUUGUAUCUAUGUUGGUGUGUACUCGCUUAUGUUUGUAAUGUGCUUGAUCGAUUGGUUUUCUCAUGAUAGGAAUUAAUUUAUAUUCACAGUUGAAAUCACGAGUCAAUCUAAGCUACUUCACUAUUGAAAAUCUAGAAGUACCGGACGUCCGUUCAGUCUUAGUAUGAUACUCCAUAGCAGUGUGCAUCUAUGAUCCCGCACAAAAAGGACUCGAACACAGGACUUUCAGUUUCCCAUGUGGACACUUAACCUCUGGACCAGUGAUCCAGUAUCCAGCGCUCUCGAUGUCCAACUUCAAUCGAUCCACGAUCUUGCAAUCUUUUUAUCCAUCGUUUUCGGUGGAUAUCUGUCUCACUCUACACGGACUGGACUCCACUGGUCAUGGCUUCCCACUAGAAUUCCAGGAACUACAUCCUGAAGCUAAUCACCAGUGAGCACGUGAUCGUUAUCAGUAUCGGUGAUUUGUGGAGACCGUAGUAUUUUUUGCUGAGCAAUAUGAUAGUUAAAAGACAUGAUUAAGCUAUAAGUUUUUUGAUUGAGAUCAUGAACCGAUUAAUGUUAGACCACCACCUUUGGAAACCUAGAAGCAUUGGACAGCCUUUUCGUCCUAUUGCGGGACUCCUCAGCAGUGCGCACCCACGAUCCCGCUCGCGGGAUUCGAACCCAGGGCCUUCGGUCCCGCGCGCGAACGCUUAACCAACUGUACCACUGAGCCGGCAUCCAAUGGUGAUAUUGUCUAACAUCAACCAAUCCACGAAAUUGCGCGACCAACUUCCAUUGUACUGAGGUAGAUACCUGUCUCUACCCGAUAUGGAUUAGCUCCACUGAUCACGGCUUCUCACCAGAACUCCGAGAAUUCCCUCACGAAGCUAGUCACUAUUGAGCACAUAUUGAUUACUAGUAUGGGGGUUGUGAUUAUUACGUUUUUGAUUGAGAUCAUGAACCGAUUAAUGUUAGACUACCACCUUUGGUUUUUUAUCAUAGAUGUCUUCGAAGUAUUUCUCUAAUUUCAUGCAGCAACUGAGCCAACAAUUUUGGUGUCAGGCAUAGGAAAGGACAAACGGGUUGAUGAUGCCAUGAAUUUUUAUUGACUGAGUCGGUAAAGGCGUGUAAUGUGCAUGCUUAACCACUGUCUAUCUCAAUGCAUGAUUAUUUCUGGUGUAGAAGUAGUUUAGGAGAAGGCUGGCGGACCAACCUGAAACAGUACUUCAGCUCACGGAAUUACUGUCUGUUGGUUUGAGCCAUGUUGGUAGAUAUAGACUAUCUGAUUAGAGUCCGUGCGUUUGUCACGCUCAGUGGCUAUAGACUUCGGAUGACAUGGCUGUAGAUCGUCCACAAUAGCACAGAUGCAUUCAAUCAUCCUCUCGAUCUUGAAUUACCGUAUUCCUUCAUAUAAACCUUUUUUCUGUCUUUUCGAACCACAUACUUCAUCUUUAAUCUACUUCAUCGUCAUUGCUAUUAUAUUAUUUGAGUCUCUUUCGCUAUGCAUCGUGCUAAUGUGGUGUGAGAACUAUGAUCAGGCUCUACGUUUAUGAUGUCCAAUUGAUUAACAGCUCUUUUAAUCUUUGUCGAUCUACUUUUGUUAACUAGUUUACUUUAUCUCCAUGGCAAAUCAAACUUCUAUUGUUAGCAUUUUUUACUUAGUGGUUCCACUACCUUUAUAACCGUUUUCAGUAGUAAUUGUUUACUGGCCAUGUAACAGAAUACAACUUACCGUUGCCCAAUAAACCAUCUCUUAUACUUUACCAGAUACCCUUUAAUAUCAUAAAGUAAGACAGAUUGACGAUUACCAUUUAAGCUUCGUUUCAAGUUUUUUUCUAUCAGCCCAUCAAAUCUGCCAAAGUGAUGAUUCUUCAGGGAUAUAUUGUCUACUUACUCUAAGGUAUUUAGAGCAAUAAGGUACGGAAAUGAAGUAUUUUUAUCAGUAUAUCAUUGAUCAUGUCUACAAGUGUAGUUAUUUUAACAAACUACUAAUUGUAUGACCUAAAGUACAACUUUCUACAUACUUUCAAAGGCCUCAAUAAAUUUGUGUAUCAGUACUUAUAAUAACCUUGGGUCGUUUAAGGAUCAUCGAUACCACUAUUGCAUCCAGUUUGUGGCUGGGUGAAUCGAUGGAAAAAGAACCAUAACCAAAGUUUAGUUAAACUGCUUAUCAACAUAUCCUACUCAUUAUUUUAUCCUGUUUAUCUAAAUAGUAGUUGGAUUUUUCAGACUUUUGAUUGAUUUACAUCGUUUGUUCUUUCUAUUUUACCUUGUUAAAUAUUAUCUUAGUUACGUGUAUUACAUAACAGUCUUCUUUCCAAAGAAGGAAAUUUAUAUCAACGGGCAAGAAAUUUAUGGACAUCAAUUAAUGAAGGUCAUGGACCACUGUAUUUUAUAGCUCCGCAAACACGUCUACGUGUAGUUGACAAUAGUCCAUGGAGUAGUAUUGCUCCCACAACCCAUAUAAACACUGGUAAAGAUCAACCAGUCAAGAAAGUUCCUAACAUUGAUCAAAAACUAUCAAAACCAGUUAAAGAUAUGAAUGAUGUGUCGAAUUUACUUUCAUUAGGUUCAAAAGUACUAUCAAUUAAACCGGCAAAAUGUAUUCGUGUUUAUAAUAAACGAAAUAAAGGAACUAUAGGUGAUAAAGUAUUGGUUGCUGUUAAUGGAGAAAUGAAAAAAGGUUGGAUUGUUGGUGCACGACUACCAUCUGUUAAUGGUUGGCCACGUUUUGACUCAAACAAUGUUGUGCUUAUUGAUAAUGAUGGCAAUCCACUAGGUACACGAAUACUUGUCCCAGUACCAGCGCGAUUACGAAGUUUAUCAGGGGAUAUAACGAAAAUUCUAUCGAUAGCUAGUUCAUUUGUAUGAGAAAAAUAAUAAAUGAAAUAGAAAACAAUAGUUUUUUCUAAUUAUUAUUUUCUCUCCUUGUUUAUCAUUGUUUUAAUAGAAGGACGUUGAAGCGUAAUUGUGUUUCUUCUUCUUAGGUAUAGUGAUCUAUCAUAUAACCGAUUUUGUUGCAGUUAAAAGUAAUUCGCAACUUUAGGAUAUAGUCUCAUAGAUUUGCUUAUUGUAAUGACUACUCAGUCAAGUUAUAUUGUCUAAAAACACUCGUGUGACCCAUUGUUUCACUAAGAAAGAAGGUUGUUUAAGGAAUAUUAUGACUAAAAGCAGUACUAAUUCUAAUUAGGAAUCUAAAUUUUAACUAUAGACUGUAUAUGUUUGACAUAUAAGUGAAAUUCACGCAAAUAGCGGUCAUUGAUACUGACAGUUAUUCAUUGAGGAAAUUCAUAGGAUUCAUCUCAUGCUAUCCCUGCAUCUAUGUUACUAACAGAUUACUGUACAAUAUAUUAGGAACGAGCGAGCAGUUGGGAAAUGUGGAGUUUAGAAUGCUAUUACGUAACCAGAUUCAUCAUUAGUGAAUAUAGGAAAAACGAACCGUAACACGAAAUUAUCAUACUUCAGAAAUAUCACGAAAAGUAUUUAAGCAGAAGAUCCGGUAAUGAAAUGAACAGUAAACGUAUCCAUAUGUACUUCGUACUGUUGAAUACAGAAAUAUUUGUUAGGGAUGUCGCUUUUAAUCAAUCUUGUGUAAACUUCUCAACUACAAGUUAUUAACAUCUCAGAGCAAUCAUUCCUAUAAGCUGCUACCAUGUGGUUUUAGUUGAUGACACAAAUUAUCUACGAUCAGCAAUCAAUACAAUGUGAACUACUACAACCAUAAUCAAAAAGGUACACGUGUUUUCCAACAAUUGUCUACGCAAAAUACUGAAUGUCUGUUGGCCGGAUACAAUCAGCACCAGCCUACUGUGCGAGAGACAAACCGGCUUCGAGAUGAAGUGGAAAUUAGGAAAAAACGUUGGGAUUGGAUAGGAAGCACAUUCCGGAAAUCACUAAACUGCAUCACGAGGCAAGCUCUAGCAACUGGGAAGAACUGCCUAGGACAGAGUUGGAUAUAUAAUACUGGUGGUUGGCCUAUGUUCCUUCACGAGGGAUAACAGGCAUAAAUGUGUGUUUAGUUGUUUAGCUGAAUAAAUUCUUUGUAACUGAGUAACCAUUCUCUGACUAGAUCGCAGAUUUUUUAUUGGGAUCACUUGAAAGCAAAUUAUUUUGGUGUCUACACCUAAUGAAUAAACGUAGACACGUCAAAACAGUAGAUUCCCAACUCCACGUUGUCAUCAUAUAUAAAGGUCAAUGAAUAUUUUUUAUAAACAUUUUAACUACUCACAAGUAGGUAGGGAAAUUGUAAUAAUAUUUUUGCAUUUUUCAUAUAGUGAACAAAUUAUAAUUUUUACAUCAUCUGAGAAAACUACAAAUUACUAUGAGUGUGAAUAAGGCUUUAUUUCCUAAAACAUAGUAAACGUCUUCAUUACUUGAUAAUCACAUUUUGAUUAUCUUGUAUCUUCAUCCAACCGGUAAUUGUUUUUGGAUUUGUGAAAUUGCACAAUAUGUAAGUUGUAGAUUUUGAUUUUUCCAAUAAAUAUUGGUUGUGGUCAUUAAUAUGCAUAAAUUUAUCAUCUCAAAUAUAAAAUGGACACUUUAUCUGACGGGCUAAAAUAAUUCGUGUAAUCUGUGUUGAAGAAAAAGAGUUGAACAUUAGACUGUCGUAAUGGAUUUGCUUUCUCAUGAAGUUUAGACCGAGUUCAACUAUUGUACUUAAAAGAUAGGUAACUCUUUAGAUAAGAAAUUUGCACACGCUAUUAUCGUAGUAAGUCCAACUACAAGGUAUGAAAAAUAUAUUCCCUUAUAUGUAUAACCACC